CCGUUGAUGGUCUUUGUUCCCGACUCAGGGUGGUUCGAUACCUCCUCGAGGCUCGUAAUCGAUUAAAACCAGAUCUAAUUUCUUGUAGUCCGUUAACGAGCCCUUGUUCUUUGAGCGUCUGUACCGUCUACGAAAAUAGGAAAUCUUGCCAUCGGUGGUCCUUCUAUGAUCCAGAUCCUAGCCACGCCCCUUGUUUGUCACCAAAAACCGGACUUAAGAUGUUAUCAUCUGUGCCUAUAAAUGUCACACCUUGAAUAAAAGCCUCCAUCAACCUUUAUCUCAACCAUCUAUAUGUCACCGCAGCCACUCACUGCUGAAGCCCUGGAGGCUCACAACUUUCGAUAUGCAGUUCAAUCGGCACUUCAAAGCUACGAGAAACAAGUCACCCAAUGGAAAGAAUGCGGAUCGUCAAAGACAGACAUUGUAACUAUCCGUUGCGACGGCUGUAAACAUCGUUUCCAGGCACCAGAAAUAAUGAAGAUGAAUUUACUAUGCCCUAGUUGCAUGUGCCAUGAGGCGGAUUCUUUGAUGAAUACACGGAUGAAAAACUCGCGUGAUGAAAACGACUAUUCGCCUUGGCAUAGCACUUGCCCUUGCAAGCGACCCCUGCGCUCCUUUGUUCUUGGCACUUGCACGUCACCUUGCCUAAAUGACCCUUAUUUGAGGGCCGAAGGAUACGAUCGAUUAAUUGCUAAAUAUCACAAAGCCCUGAGCCUUCUCGAGGACUCCCGAUAUCAGCUCUAUUGUUUCCUCUCUUUUCAGCCACUUCCCGAAAGACAUGAGAAAUAUUUAUCGUCCGGAAACGAGUCGUUCAUCGAGAAGCAGUGGCCGGGUCUUCCUGAUUCGGUCAACAUGGAAGCGACGGAGAUUAGUCGGGAUGACUACCAGUUCAUGCAGAGAGCCCUUCGAAAUGUGAUUGGGGAACUGUAUACUUUGGAGCAAAUGAAGUUCAAAGCUAUUUCGCAGACGUUUAUGAGACACUUUCCAAAGGAAUUACAACGAUCCUUUGGUAAUGACGCUCUGGUUCCUAGCCCGCUUUUGAACCAUCGAGACAUGGCUCUAAGUAUAUGGACACGAUCUCGAAACGAAGGAGACUGGUGGUGUUCUGCGAAGAAUAAAUAUCUUUCACCUCCGGACAGUUUCAGGGAGUAUUGCGACCGUGAACAUCCUGAACCAACCGAAAACUGGUAUUUCGAGAUUUGGCGUCGAUACAAGGAUUUUGAAGGUAGCCAAGACGUAGCGCAGGGGCGUGUGCCAUUAUUGUUGGUAACGAAUGGUGGCUCUCAGACAAGCGAAGAAGUAACGCUCCCCAGUAAACGCACAAAGAGGCCCCGCAAGCGCCAACGAUUGCCAUCACAGACGACUACAAUUACAAGAAUGAUCCUCGAUAUUUUAUGAUGAUGUACAACUCCUCUUUGAUGUAGUUACAGAAAGACGGGUACUCUCGUGGGUCCUUGCAUAUAGUCGCCUGUUCCAGCUUUCUACCGUGCCACAGCAACCAAAGCAGCUGGUUUCUCAGCUUGCUAGUUGGAAACUACUGCGUAUCCCGUAAGAUCUAAAGGGCUAUCAUAAUUAAUGUAUGUAUGAAUUUUAAUGUGAAUAUACUUGGUCCUGCAGUCGAAUACACUAUCGAUUUCUUAGAAGG